UAAUGUCGCCGUCCUAAAUCGUAUACACCAUUACAAAUGAAAUACCUGGACAGUCAAAGGAAACCUUUUCACAACAUAUUGUUAAACGUCCAGUCACUGUAUUUUCAUUAAUAAGCACGAUAAAUAUUGUCCUGAUCAUAUGUUGCACGCUGAGAUAUGCAGUGUGAUAACCGAUGGGCUGUAGGACCCUGCAGCGCUUGAUCCCGUUGUCAGGGGCACCUGCUCUAUUUGACAAACUGAAAUUUUGGAGGCGCGAACCUGAGUAGAGUAACCGAACUCCAGUUUUUCUUGCCGGUACUCUGUUUGACAACAGUGAGGUACAUCUCGCCGGGAUGCUGUAUUUUCUGGAGAGACUGCAAGACUCGUCCCUCGUAGCCAGUUUCCAAAGAACCUGCGGUUUGUAUCAGUCUAAUGAGGAGGGCAAGGUGGGUCCCCAGAAGAGCGGCCAGGUGCUCGCGGUCCAGCCGGACUUGAUGCGAGACAAGCCGACAGAAGCACCUGAAGUAUCCCGGAACGGAAAUUUGGUACGAAGACAUUCGGACACAAACGGAGCGAACGGAUUUAUUAAAAAGAGAGACUCCCCAAAGUACAUUGUGAAAAACCAGUUCCUUUACUAUUUGUUCCGGUUUGCUGCAGCCCUGGGUCAGGAAGUUUUUUACAUUACCUUUUUGCCUAACACUUUCUGGAACUUUGACCCCUAUGUCUCCCGGAGGCUGGUCAGCAUGUGGGCGAUUGUGAUGUACAUUGGCCAGACAUCUAAAGAUCUCCUAAAGUGGCCUCGACCAUCUUCUCCACCAGUCAUGAAGCUGGAGACAAGAGUGGAGGCAGAAUAUGGGAUGCCGUCUACUCAUGCCAUGGCAGCCACGGCGAUCUCCUUCACUUUUUUGCUGUGUACAAUGGACCGGUACAAGUAUCCAUUUCAGUUAGGAUUAGCGACUGCUGUGAUUUUGUCAUUGCUUGUGUCUCUCAGCAGACUUUACACCGGCAUGCAUACUGUUCUGGAUGUUAUCUGCGGCAUCUUAAUUGCUGCCCUGCUAGUGAUGCUAACGUAUCCUUUCUGGGAUUCCCUGGAUCAGCUUCUGCUCACCAGCUCAACCACACCUUUACUUGCUGUAGUGGUCCCUUUCUUCCUGUGUCUGAAUUACCCAAAAUUGGACCAUUACAGCCCCAGCAGAGGUGACACUACCAUUAUCCUGGGUGUUGCAACUGGAUCAACUGUAGGCUUUUGGACCAACUACCAGCUAGGAGAAACCUAUGAGCCAACUGGUGAAUUUCCUCUUUCCCUCCCUCCUCUGACAUGUGGCAUAGUGCUGACAGCAGCUGCCCGUGUCCUUGUUGGCCUUCUCUGUUUACUUGUGGUCCGGCAGGUUGUGAAAGGCCUCAUGCUCAAGGUAUUGUGUACAUGGUUUGAUGUUUCUGUCAAAGACAAGGAUGCCAGACAAAGACUUGAAAUCGAGGUGCCCUACAAGUUUGUAACUUAUUCAUCCAUUGGCUUCUCCACCACUGUGCCAGUGCCUCACCUUCUCAUGCUACUAGGAUUAAUGUGAAGGUGAUGUGCUGCUGCUUUAAAUGUUACAUUCCAAAUGAGCAUCAUUGAUCUCUUCAGACCAGUCCAAGUUUAUUCACCACAUACUAAAGUAAUGACAUUAUUUUAUGAAUAGAAGAAAACUAUUUAAAACAUCAAUCAGGAACUGUUAUGCAGUGCAUGAGGUAAAACAAAUGUUUAAAACAAAACAGUUAAGUAUGUAGGCAGCAAUAAUAUUGGUUGAUGGUUAUUUCUCAAGUAUUUCAGUAAUUGAAUGAUGUUAAGACAAUUUUUUUUUUUUUUUUUUACACAGAAUGCAUCGUUAGGUUUAGUUGGAGUGAGUGACGUUGAUUCAGUGAGGUUAAAAUGGAGAUGCAAUGGUAUUAAUGCACACUAUGUCUGUAAUUUAUAAAAUGUGUAUCAUGGGUUGGCAUGAUGCUACAUAGCAAAUGCUAUAUUUUCAUUCAUAAUAUAUUAAACAAGUAAAACUGAAUAUAAA